AUGUAUUGCGAUCAUUGCUUUACGGAAUUUUGCACCAAAACGACGCGCGAUCAGCUCUUUUCGCAUUGCUAUUUGCCAUGCGAGGAGCCUGUGGUGGUGGGGGUUUCGGGAGGGCCUCAUUCCCUCUUUCUUCUUCACCAACUCGGCAUCCUGCGGAAGCAGGGCGAGCUACGUCAGGGGGCGGGCGCGGUUAAUUUCGAGCUCUUACCAUUCCACCUGCGGGAAGAUGAACUGGUGCUACCCCCACUUCAGGCUUCUUCUUCACCGGCGGAAUCCUCGAAAGAUGAUGCGCAAAAGGUGAAUCCCUUCGCGAGCGAAACCACCGAGCACGUUCAACAACUCCGCGACACCCUUCUCCGGCAGUUCGACCAACUUGAGGCGCUGGUGCGGGGGAUGGAGGGGGAGUGGGAGUACGCGAACUGCCCACUUUUCAGCCCCGACGAGAUUCAAAUUUAUUCAUAUUCGGACUUUUUAAGGCCGCAGGAGCUUCAGAUGCUUCGCGGUUGCCUCCACCAUCCACGGCUCCCCCUCACGCCGCGCGAGGAGCUCUACGAGCGGGUCCGCCAGCGCGUUCUCAAUUUGGCCACGCGCAAACGCACCGCGCAAUGGCGGGCGGCGAAGGCCGAAAAGGAAAGGGAAAAUAAGGAGAGGAACCUUCUCUUUUCCUCAUCCUUGGCGGAAAGCUCACCCGAGGCAAAUGGGGUAAUUGAAUCAUCCAAACCUUCCCCCUCAUGGCAUCAUCUUGCGGUCGGGGAUGGGGUCCCUCGCUGCUGUAUUGCGGCCCUGAAAGUGAUCGUGCAGGGCGGGACGGGCGAACAGAUUGCUCAUCAAAGCAGUUCUCGCGGCUAUAUGGCAGAUAUCGUCGUCCUUCGCCCUUUACGCGCGCUUUUGACGAAAGAAAUCAUCUUUUACAACCGUUUGCAUGGGAUCGCGUGUGGGUACACCCCUGCCUUGUGUACCGCGACCUCCUUACCGUCUCUUCAUCGCGUUCUCGAGCAGUUUGUGCACUCGCUCGUAUCAAACUACUGGACGAGUGCCUUUAAUGUGUUGAAUACGGUAAAAAAGAUCGAAGUAGGACCGCCGGCGGUGGAGGUGGUGUUAAAAGGGCUCGUGCAGCCAUCCCACGACGAGUCUGAAGAAAAAGAACCCGCGAUAAUGCCAGGAAAGCCACCAAACCCCCCGAAAAAGACUAAAAAGAAAAACAACACGCUUGGGCGCUCCGCCCAGCUCUACCACGCCCAGCUCCAACGCACAGAGCCCCUUCUUCACCACAUGCGAAGACGCGUUGGAGAAGAGGAUCCCGUGCGAUGCCGCUCACCCGAACAUGCCCCAAACCCCUCAGCCCCGGGGGUGGAAAAAAAUAAAAACGAAGACCCCAACGCAAUCGGAACCUCGUGUUUCGUCUGCGGGUGUCCGUUUUCCGCCAUCCACGGCGCUAUUUGGACCGAACGCGUCCUCACUCCCGCCCUUUCCGAGGAGCCUUGCGAGGGUGAGGAAAUGGCCGAGGAGUAUUAUCUUUGCCAUAGCUGUCAUGGCUGUUUGGAGGACGUUGUGGGGUUCAAACCAGCGUCUUCUCCUCAGACCCAGCAGCCCCACACGGCUGGAAUCGUGGAAGGAUCCAAUGCAAAGUUUAACUCGGAGGGACUGCUCAGUGUGCUGGCGGCUCUAGCUUCAUCGUUCUAA